UGGGACGUCCCAAAUCGCAAACAGAACAACCUCCAUCGACCAUCGACCAUCGUCCAUCGUCACAAGGUAACUCAUUCUUUGCUCAAUUGUGUCAAUUGUUUCUACUGGUACCACCGUCCAACCUUUCAACGCACCGAGUAGAGAAAGGGAAUAAUCAUUGGUGAAGAUGAUCGAAGACAGCAGCCGGCUACCCUCAGAUCAGGAAGGCGACGUAUUCACUGGCAUCCCUCUACAAGAGGACGGCGGAGUUUUCACUGGGAUCCCUGUCGUCGAUGGACCCCGUCGCCGAAGAAUUUCGAACGAUUUGUAUGCUUCCGACGAAGAAGAAGACUUGCAGGAUUCAGAGCAAGAAACUCGCGAAAGGCACGAAGAGCUUUUGGCGAGAACUCGUCUGUCUCUGUUUGUUGUGCUUCUCUGUGCCCUCUUCUACAUAUUGUCGGUUGGGUUCACGCCCCUUUGGGAAGUCCAGUACGUGAGGGUGGGGUAUGUUUCCUCAAGAUACCCAUCGAACGACCACCCAGGUGAAGACAUUGUACCAAUUACUAGUGUUGAAUCCAGUGUUCCAAAGCUUGCCAGCGAGACCUUUGAUGAUUUCGUGGCCCAACACAAGCACGUUUUUGUCAACUUUGAUACGAGUUGGUGUUCGUGGUGUCAGCGGUUGGCUCCAGAUUGGACUCGGUUUGCGCAGCGGCAUCAUUUUGGGGAUUUGGAAGUUGUUCAUGUUGACUGUGAGGAAGAGCCGUCCCUAUGCAGGAAGAAUCAAAUCAUAGCCUAUCCUACCCUCCGUUGGUUCACAGACGGCGAAAUCCGCAACGACUACGCAGGAAACCGCAAUGUGGAGGCCCUUCUUUCUUAUGCUCGGAGAGAGAUGAGGAGGAAACCCCGGCAGCUGCCAUUGGUGCCCCAAGAAGAUCCCCGUUCACUGCUACAGUUGGUUUCUGACGGGCAUGCUACGCUGGUGCCGUACUCUGAGUUUCCGAGCUUACAGAAUGCAUUAGAUCACUCCGAUGUGGUUCUCCUCUACUUUGCUGCUUCAUGGUGUCCAGCAAGUACUCCCAUGACCGAAAUGCUGGAUGCUGUCUUUGGAGAAAUGUUGCUGCCUCCCAAAGGCAGCAACCGAGGCAGUCAACCACAUCCCUUGUCUCUGGUUUAUGUGUCUUCCGAUAACUCCGCCGAGGAUAUGAAUUCAUAUGCUCGCAAGAAUUGGAUGACGGUUCCGUUCGAAGAAUUCAAAGAAAGAGCUGCACUGAAAAAGUAUUUCAAGGUUGCGGGCAAGAAAGAACUACCUUCUCUCGGCAUGGAUUCCCGAAUCGGUGGAUUGCCCUCCGUUUUAGUCCUGUCCGGCAAAACUCGUAAAGUCAUCACGUACCAAGGAGUGGAGGAUCUGCAAGAGAAACGAUCCGAAGCGCUCAACUAUUGGAUCAGCUUGGCCGAUGCUGACAAGCCAGCGUUCCAAGAGGCUGCUUAGCCUACCAGUACACACUUAGGUAUAUGGUAUACUAGUCUAAAGGCGCCGCUGUGUACUGUUG